AUGGCGGAAAUAGCUGUAUCGCCACUUCUACAGGUGGUCUUAGAUAGACUAGCAUCCACAGUCCUAGGAAAGCUUCAGAAUCUCUAUGAUCUCAGACAGAAUUUUGAGAAGCUACAGGAGUCACUGAUAAAUAUUAAAGAUUUUCUUGACGAUGCAGAAGAGCGACAAGCAAAGGAGGGAAACGUGAAGGUUUGGCUAUCAAACUUAAAAAAUGUAGCUUAUAAUUCUGAGGAUUUACUGGAUGAGCUUGCGACGGAAGUCAUUCUGUUCGAGAGAUUCAAUGCUGCUAGAAAUCAGGUACGCAGUUUUCUUUGGCCUUUUGACGUACAUUCCAUCAGACGUCUUUUUGAGGUCGCUGGUCAAGUUAAAAAAAUGCUAGCAUUGUUAGACAAGACUAGUGGGGAGAGUUCAAGCUUAAACUUAAGAAAGGGGGCUCAUGAAAGGGAAUCUGAGAGCUCAGCGAGUUUUAGAGAGACAGAUUCUCAUGUGACUGAAUCUAAGGUUUAUGGAAGAAUGGAAGAUAAAGCCAAAAUUAUAGAGCUUCUUUCUCCGAACUGUAAUAGGGAAAAUACCAGAGAAGUUUCGAUCAUUGCAAUAGUUGGUAUAGGAGGUCUAGGCAAGACAACACUAGCUAAGUUGGUCUACAAUGAUGUUGAUUUGAUGGGGUGCUUAGAUAUGAAAAUGUGGGUGCAUGUGUCUGAUGAUUUUGAUGUUAAAAAGCUUAUUAUAGCCACAAUAGAGUCUGCAACAAAUAAGACAUACCAAUUCACAAAUAAGGAUGUGCUUCAGUGUCUGCUGCGAGAAUCUAUAUGCGGGAAGAGGUACCUGCUGGUGUUGGAUGAUGUGUGGAAUGAAGACCAGAUUAAAUGGGAAUCAUUCGUAAAUUAUCUAAGAAAUGGUGUGGAAGGAUGCAAGAUAAUAGUCACAACCCGCAGUGAAAAUGUUGCAUCGCUAGUAGGAACAGUUUCCUCAUAUCAUCUCCAGGGCUUGCCUGAGGAUGAUUGCUGGGCAUUGCUUAAGGAGCAAGCAUUUCGUCCACGAGAAGAGGAAGAUCAUAACUUAAAGCUCAUUGGAAAACAAAUUGUUAAGAAAUGUGGAGGUGUACCACUAGCUGCAAUGACUCUAGGAAGUCUAUUGCGCUCCAGUAGAGACCAGGGUUACUGGUUGUCGGUGAAAGAUCGUGAACUGUGUAUUAUGGAUGAGAGCGUAAGUGGGAUUAUGCCUGCCCUAAAGUUGAGUUAUUCUCAUCUAAAAGUGCAUCUCAAACGAUGCUUUGCAUACUGUUCAUUGUUUCCCAAAAGUUAUGAUUUCAAGAAGAAGAAGUUAAUCCAUCUUUGGAUGGCCGAAGGCUUGAUUCUAGCAGAUGGACAUAAUCCCUUAGAAGACAUUGGCAACGGUUAUUUUGAUGAUCUAUUGAGGAAGUCCUUCUUUCAGGAAGUCAAGGACACCUUGCUGAAAGUGACACGUCUUAGAACCUUGCUGUUGUUGUCUCCUGGAUUCAGCUCUGAGGAGCUUCCUUUUUUGCCCACUAAUUUCAAGUAUUUAAGGGUUCUAGAUAUAAGUGGGUCCGGAAUCAAAGGAUUCCAUAAAUCAAUAGGGAACUUGGUCUCUUUGAGAUACCUUGACCUCUCCGAAACUUCAAUUCAAGCACUACCCAACACAAUCUGUGACCUCUGCAAUCUGCAGACACUGAACCUCUCAGGUUGCUGCCACCUUCAAACACUGCCUGAUGGAAUGGAAAAGCUGAUUAACCUAAGGCACCUUAAUAUAACUGGGUGUGAAAGACUUACCCGUAUGCCAACUGGGAUUGGAAAGUUAGUUCACCUUCAGACAUUGCCGAUAUAUAUUGUGGGCAAGAGAAAUGGGGAAGGUAUUUCGGAACUCAGCUGCCUAAACCUACGGGGGGAACUUAACAUAAAAUGCUUGGAGAAUGUGAGAGAUGCAAAAGAAACAAAGCUUGCUAAUUUGAAACAGAAGAAGCACCUGCACGUUUUGGGAUUAUUUUGGGGAAACGAUGAUGAGAACAAUUAUACUGCAGGAAGUCAGCACUCAAUAGGAUCGUCACAUGGACAUUACAGUGAUGCUAGAUUAGAAGAAGUGGAAGAUAUACUAGAAUGCCUUGAACCGCAUGAAUAUCUGAAAAAGCUGUUCAUCAAAAGGGUAUCCCGGCAUCAAGUUUCCAAGUUGGGGACUCCCCAGUCUGACUGGGCUUGUACUGAUCAGUCUCAAAAGAUGUUUAAAUCUACCUACCAUUGGGCAGCUUCCAUUACUUAA